AUGGAACUGGUCUCUGCGGCCUAUGCCAACGACUCCAGUACGUGCAUAGAUGUAUUAAACACUGACACUAAUAUGGAUUGGCAGCAGGUUUAUCACGAAGUAGGUUUAAACCCAUUUUUAGACAUUAAAGCGAUUUUAAGUCUAAAUAAAAAAAGAUUCAUCGACAAUAUUGGCUUUGGAAUUUAAAGAUAAAGGUUUAAUAUUAUUUACAAUUGUCUGCAGAUGACGGUGUGUAAUGGAUUAGUUGAUACAUGUACGGUACUGGUGUUACGGUCGGAUAGAACAGAACAGUUUAUUGUGGCUUUUAAAGGCACUGAUACAGGUAUGAACAGCAAUUUUAAAGGUAUGCAUGUUCAUAUAAGUGCAAUACAUAUAAAAUUAAAAAGUCCUGAAAUGAUGUUGUUCUAUAAAAACAUCACUCUAACAUUUUUCAGCCCUUGAAUUGAUCGAUGAACUAAUGCAGACUCUAAAACAACAAGUAAACUUCCUAAAUGGUUUAGUCCAUCCCUACUUCUACAAAUCUUUCCAGUCUGUUUGGCCGCAAAUACAAAAAGUCCUUCAGAAUCGACAGUAUUCAUCGUACAGUGUGACAUUUUCUGGAAUGUCCCUAGGAGGUGCAUUGGCAGCAUUGUCAGCUGGGUAUACUGUCGAUCAGAGGAUACGACAAUCUUCUCAAGUUAUAUUACGCACAUUUGGCCAGCCUAGAGUUGGGGACUACAAGUUUGCCAAGACUUUGGACUAUCUCGUUCCUAACUCUUACAGAGUUGUUAACAAGAAAGAUCUGGUUGCUCACAUCCCACCAUGUCAACCGGACAUGUUAACUGGCUGUAAGAGGCACAAACGGCACUACUUCCAUCAUGGGACAGAAGUCUGGUACCCUGAGGGGUGUCAUACUGACGCAAAAUAUAAAGUAAGGUAGAAUAUUGUAAUUGGGUAGAGUAAGAUUUUAUUCUAAUUAACUUUUACUUGACAGUAACUUUUCUGUAAUAUAUAUGUUACAUUGACUUUGCUGUAUAAUACCUAUAAAACCAAAAUUUAAGAUCUGCUCAAAGAAACGGGAAGCCCCUGACUGUUCCAACUCGGUCGGUACUGGAUACAGUAUCUUCGACCACGUAGGAGGCUACUUUUACAAUGCGGGUAACUUUGCUGACAACGAUUGUCGCCUAGACUUCAUGAAUCUUGUUUAUAACACAAUAAAUAGAAGUUAA